AUGGACGGCGUCGACCUGACCAAGGCCGUGCUCAAUAAGGGGAAACAAAUGGCUAGCGUCGCAACCGCCGCUGCCAAUGGCAAUGGCGGUAAGAAGCGAAGAAAAGGAACCGACUUGAAGCCCAUCGUCACCAACGACGCGGCCAAUCCAGGCGCCGAGCCAGCGCCUGCACUGUCUGAAGGCGUCUCGCCAUCGCGUUCCCCUUCGACAUCCUCCGCAGAUGAGAUCGAAACCACCGCUGAAGAGGAGGAUUCUGAGGACUACUGCAAGGGUGGUUACCAUCCCGUCACCGUCGGCGAAACCUACAACAACGGUCGUUACGUCGUCGUGCGCAAACUGGGGUGGGGUCACUUUUCCACCGUCUGGUUGUCCCGCGAUACCACCACCGGCAAACAUGUCGCCCUCAAAGUCGUCCGAUCCGCCGCCCACUACACCGAAACCGCCAUCGACGAGAUCAAGCUCCUGAAUCGCAUCGUCCAAGCCAAACCCUCGCAUCCCGGUCGGAAACACGUCGUCAGUCUGCUGGACUCCUUCGAGCAUCGCGGUCCGCAUGGGGUCCAUGUCUGCAUGGUCUUUGAGGUGCUGGGAGAGAAUCUCCUCGGCCUGAUCAAGCGUUGGAACCACCGGGGUAUCCCCAUGCCCUUGGUGAAGCAGAUCACCAAGCAGGUGCUCCUCGGUCUGGACUAUCUCCACCGGGAGUGCGGCAUCAUCCAUACCGAUUUGAAACCCGAGAACGUCUUGAUCGAGAUCGGCGACGUCGAGCAGAUUGUGAAGACCUACGUCAAGGAGGAGGCCAAGAAGGAGGAACACAAGGAAGAUAACCGCAACGGUCGGCGACGACGCCGCACGUUGAUCACCGGCAGUCAACCAUUGCCGAGCCCGCUGAAUACCAGUUUCGACUUCAAACACAGUUCGCACAACUCCCAUAGCAGCCUCAGCCAGAUGGUCAGCAGCGACUCGUCGACGCCACACGAGGCCCCAUCGAUGAAGGAACUGUUGGGGAUCAAGGAUGAAGAUGAACACCAAAAGCAACGAGAAAAGACAACUGAUUUACUAGAACGAGAGGUUUCCGGGAUCUCUUUAGAUAAGACCCCGUCCAAAUCCUCCGACGAACCGGAGUGCGAUAUCAUCUCUGUGAAGAUCGCCGAUCUCGGAAAUGCCUGCUGGGUGGGACACCAUUUCACUAACGACAUCCAAACGCGGCAAUACCGGUCGCCGGAAGUCAUUCUGGGGUCGAAGUGGGGUGCGAGUACGGAUGUAUGGAGUAUGGCGUGCAUGGUGUUUGAACUCAUUACCGGCGACUACCUCUUUGAUCCUCAAUCCGGCACCAAGUACGGCAAAGACGACGAUCACAUUGCGCAGAUCAUUGAACUCCUGGGUCCGUUUCCCAAAUCGUUGUGUCUGUCCGGAAAAUGGUCACAGGAGAUUUUCAACCGGAAGGGCGAGCUGCGAAACAUCCACCGACUACGCCACUGGGCGUUGCCGGAUGUCCUGCGGGAGAAGUACCACUUCUCGGUGGAGGAGAGCAUGCGCAUCAGCGAGUUCCUCCUCCCCAUGCUGGAGGUGUCGCCCGAACGACGAGCCAACGCCGGUGGCAUGGCCUCCCACGAAUGGCUGGCCGGGACCCCGGGCAUGGACCAGAUCGACCUGGGGAUCCAACCCGGCAGCCGGGGCGAAGGGAUCGAAGGAUGGGCGACAGAGGUGAAGAGGAGAUGA